UUUUUAUUUUUGGUUUGCUUCUGGUUUCCUUUAGCUAAAGUUAGGGUAACUAACGAUUCCUGACAGAUAGUUCCCAUAAAAUGGCGGCGCCAUCAUCAUUACUGCCAUGCAGACAUAGUGUUUGAUUUCUCUAGCCGUGUUGCCGUGAGAAAUAGCAAUCUUAUCUGCCAGCAUACGACACGACGUAAGUGUCUUGAUAAUGGGUUAGGGGUCUAGGCGAGUCCUUACUGUGAUGACGAAAUGUCCCCCUCCCAAUAAAUAACAUGGCUAGCGGGGCGCGGGAUCUCUUUAAUCAUUUACAGCCCCGCUUCGCAACUCGAGGCAGGGCAACGACUCAGAACGAAGAUUGGAAUUACUGCCAGUGCCAAUGGAUGGAUGCGGCGAGAAAAGGAUCGUCCACCCCCAGGUCCCAGGAGCGGAUGGUGAUGUCAUCAGAAUGAGGAACCCAGGCUGAACUAAAUCCUACCCUGGUAGAAUUAGCCUAUAGUUGUUUGGCCGCAGGGGAUCAACUGCCCCAAACGUAGGGGCUUGACGACAGAGCGCUGAACGACAUUCUGCCCAGACCUCCCCCGCCCAAAAGCCCACCAGCUAGCCCAUGUCCGGCGAGAGGCUAGACGUUAAUAAUGGGGAAGGAUUAAUAAGUCCUUUUUUUUGUUAUGAUUGGAUUUUGAAAUUCAAUUGCUCGGCGCUAUCAGAAGGAACGGCCAAAAGCCAUAUUUACCAGGCGAGAAUAGGAUACGCUCCAACACUCCCCAACCCUUGCGAUGAACUGUGGGACCUAUCUCCUAUUCUGUUACGAUGUUGGAGGCAAUCCGUUCGGCGUGCAAUUGAGUGUCAGGCAAGGAUCCCUGGGGCCGCAGAGGCCGAUGUGAUGAGCUCCUUGAUCGCGCAUUUCGGCAACCCCCUAGUCGACUGCCCCUAGGUAUCUGGGCAGGCAAAAUACCUUUCUCCGCCCAAGAAUUCGCUGACCUGGUCACAAUGAUGAAGUUCAAUGACUUAGCUAAUGGUUUCGCCAGCUAUGACGAACAAUAUAUCGAGCGGCGGCAGCCAAAGUCCCUAGAGAUAUGCAACUAUGUACUAUACUUUCCAGUGGCUUCGGUCUGUUCCGGAAUCUAUUCCGCUAGCAACCAACAAGUGUUAUCAGUCAAAAAUAGCCCUGUUCUCGGACGCCCAAUUCAAGCAGUAGCACAGAAACACGGAGGCUGAGAUGGUGCCUUGAGCUUAAUUGAUAUUGGAUGCUUCAGGCUCUGCCGUUUGCGCUACAAACCCUGGGUAACGUCGCACAUUUCUACGGAGAUAAAAAUUGAUAUAUAUAUUUUUUGUGGUGCGGUUUGCUUGUCCAGGCCUAGGUGGGAGAGCGGGGGGGCCAUACUCUUCCUUGCCCUUGCACUUUGGACUGUUCUUCCCCCACCCGAUCUAGGAUCGAGAGAGAUCGGGAUACGCGCACGAUCCAGACGUUGUAGAUCCUACGGAGAACACGAUGGGUACUGUACGGUACAUGGACUGGCAUGAAGAUCCAAAAGGGGGGAAAUGAGAAGCACCGAGUGCUCAGCCCGCCCCCUUCACAGCUAUUUGAUAUGAAUAUGUAUAUGUACAGUACUUAUCUCAACAUUUCUCCCUCCGAUAGUUUCCACAUCCGAGGCCAACCAGACCAUGUAUGCAGGCGGGGUGGGGAAAUAUCAUCGACGUACAUCACACGUACCUACCUCCCCGGUAUGUAUAUACAGUACUAACAGGAUGAGCUUAGCAUUGACCCCUUUCGCGCUUUGGGCCAGAACACAUCAUUACGGACCUGUUGUGCCGCAUUGUGCACAGGAAGUGGAGUGAGAGUUUAGUCUACCAGCCUAUCAAACCGAGCAUUCAGUAGGAGGACGACGGAUAAUGGAUAAAAGCCACAUCGCGCUAAG